UGGAUUUCAGAGACUGGUUCCUUAUCAUAUUUCUGAUUAAAACUUCCAAGUGAUCAUCAAAGAGCUGUGUUUUGGCAACAAGAAGAAAAAGAAGAAGAUCAUGGCGAUGAUAGUGGAUGCAUUUGCAGGAAAGCUGGUGGAGAGACUGGCUAAUAUCAUUGAAGAGAAGGCCAUCAUGGUGUUAGGAGUCAAGGAUGAACUCCAAAGGCUCCGGAGAAGGAUGGAUAGGCUCGCACUUGUGCUCAAGGAUGCUGAGAGGAGGAGGAUCCAAGAUGAGGCUGUCAAAGGUUGGGUCGAUGAGCUGAAAGAUGUGAUGUAUGAUGCUGACGACAUCAUUGAUCUUUGUAUGAUUCAGGGCAUGGGGUUGUUGCAAGAUGAUGAUCAACAUUCUCUGCCGGCUGAGUCAAGUGCUGCUGCUUCAACACGGGUACGCUGCUGUAACUUUCCUCUGCUUUCUUGUGUGCGCAGUGUGCCAUUUCGCUAUGAGAUUGCUGAUCAAAUUAAGAAUCUCAAUGUUAAGUUAGAAGAGAUAUCUAAGGACAUGGAUACAUUUAAGUUCAUAAAUUCUUCUAUGAACUCAAGUGAUGCAUAUGUUGUGAAUCAUCAACCUUCUUCUCGUCAGAGUUCCUCCUUACCCGAACCUGACAUUGUGGGGUGGGAUAUCAGAGAUGCAACCAAGAGUCUUGUUGAAUUAUUGAUCUCUCCUCAUGAACAGAAAAUGCCGUCUUUUUGCCAUUGUCGGUAUGGGAGGGAUAGGCAAAACCACACUUGCACGACAAAUUUAUAAUGAUUCAAAGAUAAAUGAUCAUUUUUUGUUACAUUCGUGGAUUUGGGUUUCAAAAUCUUCGACAUCAACGACUGACUUGCUGAAAGAAAUCAUAAGGAAUGUUGGGGAUAGUUAUGGAGAGGCAAUGACAAUCGCUGAGUUACAAAAAAUUCUUUCUAAGGUUCUGCAUGAGAAGAGCUUGUUCUUGGUUUUGGAUGAUGUUUGGGAUGCGGAUGUAUGGAUUGAAUUAAUUAAAAGUCUGAUACAAAUAGCAACAACAAAAUGCAGAGUCUUGGUUACCACAAGAGACAGAAAUACUGCUAUGAAAAUGGGGGCAGUUCAUAUCCACAAUGUCAAUAAAUUGUCUUCGGAUUUUGGUUGGGAAUUACUUUGUAAGAAAGUUUCCACAAACAAUGAUGAGAGUGAUAUGCAAAGAAUGAAGGAUAUUGGGAUGCAAAUUAUUGAUAAAUGUGAUGGUCUUCCGGUUGCAAUCAAAGCUAUUGCUGGUGUUCUUAUAACAAAAGGCAAAAAUAAAAGAGAAUGGGAGAAUGUUCUUAAUAGCGAUGCGUGGGCUAUUACUGGACUUCCAGAAGAGCUCCAAGGAGCAUUAUAUUUGAGCUAUGAAGCUUUACCUUCUGCUCUUAAACAAUGUUUCCUCUAUUGUUAUCUUAAAACUCAUGAAUUUCAUCGUGAAGAACUUAUUCAUGAAUGGAUUGCAGAAGGUUUUAUAAAACCAAGUGGAAAUGCAUUGAUGGAGGAUGUUGCUAAAGAUUAUUAUAUGGAAUUAAUUAGGAGGAGUUUCUUACAACCUAAUUCAAGUUAUGUUGAUAUGUCCACAUGCACAAUGCAUGAUUUGUUGCGACGUCUUGCUCAGGCUCUAGCAGGUAAUGAAAGCUUUUGUGGAGAUCUGCAAGAUGCACCAAGCACUAAUUCAGUACAAAAAUUGCGACAUCUGACAGUGUUCAAUGAAAGGGAAAGCCUAAGUAUUCAACAUCUUAAUCACCUUAGAACACUAAGGUUAGUGAUCCCUACAAGUUUGAACACACAAGUGAUUGGAAGCCUUAAGCAUUUGCGUCUAUUAAUCCUCCGUGGUGCCGGUAUUGAGAAUAUCCCCGAUAGUAUUGGGGAUUUAGUACACCUGAGGCUUCUUGAUCUAAUGGGUACAAGAAUAUGCAAACUCCCAGAUUCUUUGGGAAAUCUUGUUAACUUACAAUUCUUGUUGGUUGCUGGUUGUGAAUCUUUGCACAUCCUCCCUACAAGCAUAACUAAGCUAUAUAAUCUAAGGAUGCUCAAUCUCCGUAACACUCCUUUGAAUUAUGUGCCCAAGGGAAUAUGCAAGUUGGAACAUCUUAAUUAUUUGUCAGGAUUUAUUAUUGGAGACAAUGGUAUUGAUGAAGGAGAGGGAUGUAACCUAGAAGAGUUGGAGGCACUUAAAAACCUCAAUCACCUUGACAUAAAGAACUUGGAAAAAGCAAGAGGCAAACGUGCUUCAGUGCUCUCGAACAAGCCUAAUCUCAGAGAAUUGUUUCUAAAUUGUACACCAAACAUUAGUGGACAUAUUCAACAACAAGAGAUGGACAAUAUUAUGCAAGUCUUUGAUGAGCUACGCCCUCCACCAGAUCUUGAGAAACUAGUAAUUUUCAACUUUUUUGGGGGUCAAUAUCCAAAGUGGAUGACAUCCUCUUCCAUCAGUGCUACACUUCCUGAAUUAACUUCUUUACAUCUGUAUGACUGCGCCAACUGCCCUCAGCUUCCCCCACUUGGCCAACUGCCUCAGCUCAACUAUCUGAAGAUACAGGGAGCAACUGCAGUAGUAUCAAUUGGCCCUGAAUUUCUCGGUAAUGAAGAACCUGCAGCAUGUGCCUUUCCCAAGCUUGAAAACUUAGCACUUGUGGACAUGCCUAAUUGGGAGGAAUGGUCAUUGAUCAGUGGAGAAGAAGACAACAAGCUUGAAACAAGCAAGCAACUGCUCUUCCCUCAUCUCAUUGCUAUUUCCAUGCAAAACUGCCACAAGCUUAAAGCUCUUCCAAGAGGCUUCAAUUGCAUCAGACAUUUGUACAUUUUAAGUGCUCACAACCUUUCAAGGGUCUCUGAUCUCCCUACCUUGAGAAAAUUGGUGGUCGCUGAUUGCCCAAUUCUGCAGUGUGUUGAGAAGCUCGAGUCUUUGCAGAGCUUGAAGAUGACUGAUAGAAAGAACAAGAGUCUCCCUGAGUGGCUCAUUUCUUUCCUCCAACAGCACAUAAAGCCUCACGAGAAUCAAUUCCACUUGGAUUUGAAAUGCAGUGCCCAAGCAUUGAAGGGAUGUUUGAAAGGGCGCCCCUAUUGGUGUUUCCUCCAGCAAGUUCCACGCUUGGAAGCCUAUGCAGAGAAUGGAAGCAUGUAUUUAAAGUUCACCAAGGAACCAUUUUCCUACCAAACCAAUGUUGUUGAAGACAUCAACUGAUGAGGACUAGGAUGAAAGCUUGAAGUUCAAUGAGAUGUGGACAUGCAUGACUGGAGGAACAAUGGGUAAACAUUUUCGCCAAUAGCGUAGAAAGCCUCAUGACGAUUACUUCUUCUUGCAUUUGGAGUGCAAUGCUUAAGUACUGGAGGCUGGAGGGAUGUUUGAAAGGGGGGCUUUCACACUGGUUUUUCCUCCGUCUAGCAAGCAUUCUGCCUGGUAGCCUAUGCAGAGGACAGAAGCAUGAAUUCGAAGUACACAGUUAGAACCAUAUUCUUAUGAAACAAAUCUUUUCUUGAAUACAUGACUGUUGAGGACUAGGAGGAUGAAAUCUUACAUUCGAAUUAGAUUUAGACAGUCGAAGAAUGAGACAUGAACAUGCAUUACUGGCAGAUUAAUCAGGGACUUGAUAAUCAUGACUCAAGUGUAUAAUAAUUUGAUGUUUCAAAUUACUUGGGUUUUCAACUUGAGAUGAUAAAUUUGAAGUAGUUGAACAAUAUGUGGGCAAGCAGAAUUAAUGACUGGAAUUCAUGUCAAUUGGAGCAAGGCAUGGCUUUCGUUUAUUUUUCAAAUUUCUCUGAGAUAUGCUGAAGCUCUCACUUGUUCCAUAGGUGGCGCAGAACCGGAGGAAGAUGGAAUCUUGAAUUACAUUAAUCAGAGGAGCACCAAAGGAAUUAAACAUGGACAUGGGGGAAGGUGAAUUAACAUAUUUGUAUGCCAGACUUUGUUACCAAGAAAUCGUUUUCUUUUCCUAAUUUCAUUGAUGUAUAUUGUACACUGAGGGUCAACUGAUGGAUAUGGUAAAUGUGCAACUAUGUAAGCGAUGGCGCAUGCAUUUCCUUGGCCACAAUUGUAACUGAUUAAAUAUGAAUCCUAUGCUCAAGCACAUGAUCAAGACCAAGAUGAAGCAUGGAUUGUAGUUCAUCAACAAAGGAGUCACAUAAUAUACUGAGGUGGACUGAGAUGUAUGAACAUUGAAACUUGGAAGCUCAUUGAUCAGUUUGAAUUCACCCUAAGUGUGCUGUCUUGUGUUAUGAGUCAAAGCAAAGUUGCCAAUUUUCACAACAGUUUCCAUGAGCAUGCAGCUUUUUCUUAACCAUCAUAAAGUUGUUGUAAUGUAGUUCCUAGUCAAGAGAAACCUUAAGAAGAUCAGGAGCUUACCAUUGGAAGUACACGUGCUGAGCUAUUUUUGUCA